AUGUUAUGGAAAAUUAUAUUUUUGUUGUCGUGUUUUAACGUUUUAGUGAACGCUACUGGAGGAUGGUUCUCAAAAUGGUUUUCAACACCUCCAAGCCAGAGUAAUUUGCUGAACGUGACCGAAGAGCCGAAUUUAUUUCAACGUAUUGAACAGUGGAUAGAGUCACUAGAAGUGAAGGUCGUUAAAUUUUGGGGUCCUUUGGCACGAAAACCUAACCAAGAUCAAAAAAGAAAGGCAAAAGCCGCAUUGGAGGAUAGUAAAUGUCCAACUGGUGCUGUGGACACUAUACUUUUGAACAGUCAUAUACGUAACUGGCCUGAACAAAUAUUAAAUACACGAUCACGAGUAGUAUACGUGGCCCAUUCUGAUAACGAUUUUGUGUCUCAGGCAGGAAUUUUAUUCAUUUUCGAAAGCCUUGUAUUCGAGGAACCGGUCCAACAGAAUUUAAUUUCGCCAUUAAUAAAACUUUAAUUUUUAAAUUAUAUA